AGCGUUUCAGAGGUAGGAUUUUAACGCUCGAGGGGUUGCAGAAAGAGUACGAGGAGCAACCAAUGGAAGUCAUCAUCGUUCCCAUUUCUAUUCCCAGAGAUGAAGAGGAUACAGGAUAUGAUGCUGACGAUGAGGUAGCCAGCGAAGACGAGGAGGAAAUUCAACCGGAUGAGGAGCAUCUUUCAAUGGACAUACCUUUUAUUGACUUGAUCAGCGAUAAUGAUGAUGUAAUUCAUUUAAUCAGAGACACGCAUGAUCAAGAAUAUGAAGAUGAUGAUGAUGAUGAUGAUGAUCAGGAUGCUUCAAUGGAUAUUCUUGUCAUUGACUUGGUUAGUGAUGAUGAUGAUGAUGAAGAUGACGAUGAUGAUGAUGAUGCAGACACCGUCAUUUUAGAACCAGAGGAGCUGGUUCGGAGGGUCGAGGAUGCAGAUUUCUACAAUUGCUCCUAUACGCCGAGUGAGAGGUCCAGAAGGGGACGAAUUUGUCGUGACCCAAUGUGGUCACAAGAUUAUUUGUUUUAUUAA